UUCAUGCCACCCAUGUUGGUCACUUUCCACACCCACUCUGUGUCUUAAAAGCAGAGGCUCACUGGGGAAUUCGUCACUGGGCGGCAGGAUGAAGGUGCUGCUGCUGCUGCUGGUUGCUGUGGUGUUGGCUGAAGAUCUGGAAGAGUUUGAAGCAUGGAAAAAGAAAUUUGGGAAGAGCUACGAGCCUCACGAGGAAAGUGUGUUCUACCAGAACUGGCAGAAGAACUAUGAAAAGGUUUUACAACACAAUCUUUUGGCUGAUCGACAAGUUCACUCCUUCCACCUUGGCUUGACUCAAUUUUCUGAUCAGGAUUUAGACGUGAGGAAGAAUAGUAGCUGUUUAAUAGAUGUGGACGUUUCUCAGCCUCGUGGUGGUUCCACCUUCCUGCAGAGGGAUUCAUGGAUUUCUUUGCCUGCUUCCAUUGACUGGAGGCAGUAUGGCUAUGUCACUGCAGUCAAGGAUCAGGGACCUGUUUGUGAAUCUUGCUGGGCCUUCAGCGCUGCUGGAGCACUGGAGGGGCAGCACUUUGCAAAGACUAGACAGUUAGUUUCUCUGAGUGUGCAGCAGCUGGUGGACUGCUCUCGGCCUUAUGGAAACAGAGGCUGCAAUCGAGGUCUGCCAAACUACGCUUUCAACUACGUGAAAGCAGUCGGAGGGAUCGAAUCAGACGCCACAUACCCUUACAACGCUCAGGACAACCCUUGCAGAUUUAAUCCUGCGCUAGCUGUUGCAACAUGUACCGGUGUCAUGAACAUUCAAGCGAAUGAAGCAGCUUUGAUGUAUGCCGUGAGCAGAGAGGGACCCGUGUCAGCCGGGGUUGAUGCUUCGCAUCCCUCCUGGGCUCAAUAUCUAUCAGGUGUGUAUGAUGAGCCAGCAUGCAGCAGCACUCAACUGAACCAUGCUGUGCUUAUCGUGGGCUACGGAACGUAUCAGGGAAGAGACUACUGGCUGGUGAAGAACAGUGCGGGUGUAUACUGGGGUAUGGGAGGCUACAUCAUGAUGAGCAGGAACAGAAAUAACCAGUGUGGCAUCGCUUCAUACACAAGUUUCCCCCUGGUCUGAACAGUCACUUUUCCUCGCUUCUUCGUCUUCGACACGAGCUGCGUGAUCACUCAAAUCACCUGAGAAUGCACUGGACUGAUUCAAUGACUCGGAUGGAAUUCACGUGAACACAUUGAUUUGUCAAGUUGAUUAAAAUAUAAACAAAUAAA